AUGUCUUGUGAUAGCGAGGUAUCCCUCCCCGCCAUCCCUUAUGGCCGGCGUCUUAUAGCUGCCACUCUCGAUGAAUUGGCUCGAACUUCGCCCAACCGCACAUAUGCUUCCAUCCCAAAGUCCGACACCGACAUCACUCUCGGCUUCCGCGACAUUACCUACGCCGAACUGGCCGCCGCCGUCGAUCACACAGCAUACUGGCUUGAUGAGCAUCUCCCUCCUCCGCCAUCGCGUUCGCCUUCCUCCAGCGUCGCGUCCCUUCCAUCGACUGGUUCCAAGAGCAAUGGUGAAAAUGAGAAUGGAUCCACCACUGAACAGGAGCCACGUCAAACAUUCACCUACUUCGGCCCACGCGACUUGCGCUACAUUCUCUUCCUCGUGGCAGCCAUGAAAACCGACCGUCGCAUGCUGAAUACCAGCACAAUGGGUUCUCUCGAAGCCCAAGUCUACCUCGCUGACGCUGCUGCAUGCCGCGCCUUCUUCUACGCGAAAGAUUUGGGAGGUGUUGUGCCCGAGUACGUCAGAGAAAUCCCACAGAAGAUCGAAGGCAGCACGACCAUCACUGUCCCCUCAUUCGAAGACCUGUUCUUCGGAAGCGUCGACAGAGCACAGAAACACUACCCGUACGAGAAGACAUGGGACGAAGCGCGCGGCGACGAGAUCGCCAUCUACCACACGUCUGGCAGCUCCGGCUUCCCGAAGCUGGUGCCCUACACCAACGAGAUGUUCGCCCGGGUCGACACGUGGAACCUGCUGGAGGACGUCGACGGCAUGACCACAAGCAAAGAGUACUACGCCGACAAACGAAUCUGGGUCGCUCUGCCAAUCUUCCACCUCGCCGGCGCCCUCGUCUCCCUCCCCUGCGCCCUCUUCUUCUCCACCAUCCCCGUCUUCCUCCCCUCCACCACCCUCCCCACCCCCUCCGCCUUCACCUCCCUCACCACCCACUACAACAACAACAACGCCACCACCCACCACCCCCGCCUCGACGGCAUCUUCGUGCCCCCCUCCCUCCUCGAGGACCUGACCCUGCACCACCACGACCCCUCCUGCCCAACCAACACCCCCAUGAGCACCCCGCACCCCGCCCUCCGCCCCCUCUCCACCAUAAUCUUCGGCGGCGCCCCGCUCUCCCCCGCCGCCGGCCGCGCCCUCGCCCCCCUCCGCUCGCUGCGCACCUGCAUCGGCAGCACCGAGGGCGGCUACUGGCCGACGCUGCGGCCGGACGGCGAUGGCGACGGCGACGAUCAAACCGCUGCGCAAACGGACCUCUGGGACCACAUCGCGCCGCAUCCGCGCAUGGGCGCCGCGUUUGAGCGGGUCAGUGGGGGAAGCGGCGAGGGCGAGGACAUGUACGAGUUGGUCGUCGUGCCGGGGGCGGCGGGAGCGAACGGCGAGGUGGUGUUUACGAAUUUCUUCGGCGCGGCGGGGACGAUGGGCGGCGGGGAUGGAGGGGGCGGCCGGGGCGGCGCGGUGGUGGGGGGCGUGUGGCGGACGAAGGAUCUGUUCAGUCCGUACACAGGGCCGGAUGCGGAAAGGGUGAUGGGCAGGGCGGCGGGGGUGUGGAAGUAUCGGGGGCGGACGGACGACUUGGUGGUGCUGACGGGGGAGGUGAAGAUGUAUGCGGGGGGGUUGGAGGAGAGGGUCGGGUGUCAUGCGAGGGUGAGGCAUGCGCUGGUGGGGGGGUAUGGGAGGGAGGUGCCGUUUUUGUUGUUGGAGGUUGUGGAGGGGCCGGAGGGGGAGGGAGGGGAAGAUGUGUUGGAGGAGGUUUGGGAAGCGGUGGAGGAGGCGAAUAGGGAUGUUGGGCCGAGGGUGGAGUUGAGGAGGGAGUUGACGUUGGUGGCGACGAAGGACAAGCCGUUUGCGAGGUUGGCCAAGGGGUCCGUGGAUCGGAGGGGCACGUUUGCGAGGUUUGAGAAGGAGGUGGAUGAGAUGUAUCAGAGGUGGCAGGGGUGA